AUGAACUGCUCCCCAAAAAAACAUAAAGAUGAAGACAGAUGCCUUCGUGGACAAAUUCAUCUGAAUACUGGAAUGAAACUGCUUGUAACCAUCGGAACAUUCGUGAUCAUAGCUCUGGUAACGCUGAUGUACUUUAAAUUCCGAAAAGCCAUGUUCAUCCUUCUCAUUCCCACAUUUAUCACCGUGUCAACAGUCUUCGGAAUCAUUUCAAAAAGACAACGACUUCUAUGGCCAAUUAUAGGAGUAUCUAUGUUUCAUGCGAUCCUAGCAUGUUAUGCUUUACUUAUAUUCUCCUUUUACUUCUUCUUCAAACCAUAUUAUAUAAUUAUGGUACUGAACUGGGCUUUUAAUACUCUUCAUACGGAAAAGACGCCUUCGUAUUACAUGCAAUGUGCUUGCAUCUACCUAGGCCUAUUUGUAUUUUUGUUUUUCAACAUAUGGCAGGCUGUUGUGUCCUUUAGUUACCGUAACCUCUUAAUUCGCGAAAGAGCACCUUCCAGACAGCCUACUGUUCUAGUUGUUAAUAAGCCGGGAAUCUAUUGA